CAUUGAGUGAUUCUUGCGAAAAAGAGAAAGACAUUUAAUCGUGUCUACAAUUACAAAUUUAUUUAGUAUAUACGAGUGUUGAAACUGAUAGUGUUAAGCAAUGGUUACCAAAACUUCCGGAGCCCAAUUGGAGCAACGAAUUCAGUGUAUAAAAUUUACCAUUUUCUGCUUAAAUGCCGUUAUAUGGUUACUCGGCAGCGCAAUGUUCGGAUUGUGCAUGUGGCUAAGGCUGGAUCCAGGUUUCCAAGAAUGGGUCGAAUUCCUUGAUAUGUAUGAAUUCUACAUUGGAAUUUACAUCUUACUUGCGGCUUCAAUAUUUAUCAUAAUUAUUACAUUCAUUGGUUGCGGUGUUACUCUUACGGAGUAUAUCCUGGGGCUCUUCGUUUACGUAGGUCUGCAAUUAUUUUGCUUCGUUCUUGGCAUGGUAGGAACGUCGAUACUUUUGGAUUAUUCUACUUACGAUAGUAAAAUUCAACCGCUUAUACGGCGUUCCAUGACGGCGCUUAUUAAUAAAUACCACGAUGAAAGAGCAACGUUUGUUCUGCAACUGAUUCAAGAAAGCAUCGGUUGUUGUGGUGCCGAUGGACCGAUGGAUUAUUUGAAAAUGAAAAAACCGCUACCUAACGAGUGUAGAGACACAGUUACUGGUAAUGCCUUCUUUCACGGCUGCGUCGAAGAGGUUUCGUGGUUCCUGGAAGGCAGAUCAGGAUGGCUCGCUGGUCUGGCGUUGUCUUUAUGCAUGUUCCAUGUAGUAAUAGCUGCCCUCACUCUGGUGCUUGUGCGAGCUUUAAAAAAAGAAGAGAACUCUAUUACAUUGAAACAUUAAGGAGUUUAUUACGUUCGCUCAUCUUUUCAUCGUGCAUUAUAAAAAUUAAUUUAUAUUUCUUGAUAGAUUCGAG